AUGGCUGUCCUCUCUCACCCACCUCUCUCCCCUACGUCGCUCUCCCGUCCCGAGACGCUUAGCCUCGUUACCCUCUGCGGCGCCUCCCUCGCUAUCAUCGCCAAUACCUUUCAUGAAGAUGGCAAUCCCCUCGUCGCCUCCCUCGCCUUUUCCAUCCUCGCCUUCUCCCUCUCCUACGCCAUGAUCCGCUGGCUCGGCCCGACCUUCAUGAAAGCCGGCCUCCGCGGUCGCGAUCUCAGCAAGCUAACCAAUGUCGAAAUCCCCGAGUGCAUGGGCUCCAUCUGCGCCGCCGUCUACCUUUUGACUCUCAUCGUCUUCAUACCCUUCCCGUUCUACAAGGACAUGGUCGCUUCCACCAGCGGCGGGGGCAACCGCGAUGUCGUCGUCGAGGUCGUCGAGGGCAGCCAGGGUCGUCUCCUCCACCGCUUCCCCCACAACAAGCUCGCCUCCUACCUCGGCGCCAUCAUUUCCCUCCAGACGAUGGCCCUCCUUGGCAUAGGCGAUGACCUCUUCGACAUCCGCUGGCGUCACAAGUGGUGGAUUCCCGGCCUGGCCGCCAUCCCGAUCCUUGUCGUCUACUUCGUUGACUUUGGCGUCACCUCCAUCGUCAUCCCCCUACAACUUCAGCCCUACCUGGGCGAGCUCGUCAACCUCGGCGCCUUAUACUACGUCUACAUGGCCUGCGUUGCCAUGUUCUGUCCCCAGAGCAUCAACAUGCUGGCCGGAAUCAACGGAAUCGAGGUUUCCCAGUGCAUCGUCAUCGCCCUCGUCAUCGCCCUCAACGACUGCCUCUAUCUCCUAACCCCCUAUCCGCACCCGGCGACGGACUCGCAUCUCUUCUCCCUCUACCUUCUCCUCCCCUGGAUCGGUGUCUCGUGUGCCCUGCUGCACCACAAUUGGUACCCCGCCAAGGUCUUCGUCGGCGACACGUACUGCUACUUUUCCGGCAUGGUCUUUGCCGUCGUCGGUAUCCUCGGCCACUUCUCCAAGACCCUCGGCCUCCUGCUCGUCCCGCAAAUCUUCAACUUUCUUUACUCCUGCCCCCAGCUCGUCGGCCUCGUCCCCUGCCCUCGCCACCGCCUUCCAAGGUUCAACGCCCGCAGCGGGCUUCUCGAACCCUCGACGACCCCCUGGUCGCCCGAUCAUCAGCCGCACCCUCUCGUCGGUCAAAUCCUGCACCUGCUGGCCGGCCUUCGACUUCUACACGUCACCGUCGACGAAGCGGGCCUCUUCGUCGAGACGAGCAACUUCACCCUUCUCAAUCUCUGGCUCGUCUGGCGCGGGCCUCUGCGAGAGGAUCGGCUGGCGUAUGAAAUCACCAUUCUGCAGCUAGUCAUUGGCCUGCUUGGCCUCUUUGGAAGACACAGGCUCGCACUGCUCAUCUUUAAGGAAGAUAACUUGGGCAAUCCUCACCGGUAG